AUGGUUGUCUAUGUGCAUACACCAACCUGUCAUCCCAGCAACCCUAAACGUUCGUUUUCGAAAAUGUGCAAGUAACCGAGUGGUUAGUGGCAUUUGUGAAGUUUAAAAAAAAAUUAUCGGCGCAAUAUAUGGUUUAUAUCCGUGUUAGUUGCUAAUUGGAACUAUUUUUUCAGAUACCUCACAACCGCAUAUAAACUUCCGCUCGCUGUGUAACCAGCUGUGUAACCAUGGUUACACAGCUGGUUACACAGUUCGACCACCUGUUGACGACAAUAUUCCAGAGGAAGAAGAAGCAUAAUAAUAAUAUAUAUAGGUCUAUAUGUAUAUAUAUAUAUAUAUAUAACUAAUAUAAUAUAUAAUAAUAAUAAGAAGAAGACGUUCAACUUCAUUUUCUGUCGAGUUCAAAACCAAGGCAUCAGCUGUGGUUACCGUGCAGUCGAUUAUGGGAAGAAUUUGUGCGGUCAGAAACUGCGGGAAGAUCUCUAGAAAAAGGAGUUGUCAUCGGCUUCCUCUCAACACACCUAAAAGUCAUAGAGUCAGAAAGUUGUGGCUUUCAUUCCUCGGGUUCGACAUAAACACCCCAGUAAAUGUACUUCGGGAAGCCGACCAUCGCGUUUGCGCCUUUCACUUUCGGCCUGAGGACUACCUGAAAUCAACAAGUCAUCGAAAGAAGUGUCCGAAGAGACUGCAUCUGAAAAGGGCAGCUGUACCGACGCUUUGUGGACCAACGCUAGACGAAAAAGACCUCGGGGCUGUUGGCGGUGUGGUGGACCAGCCUUCUACCUCCAGCAUAUCCUUGGUCCUCACCAGUCCACAGCCACGGCCUCACCAAUCCAAUAAAUCCCCAAGGAAGUCCUUAUCUGGCAGUUACCUUGCUUUCCCUGUGAUCAGGGAGAGGCUCUCACUAUCUCCAGAUGAUUGUGAAACUGAGAUGCUUCAAAUGGACACAAGCAUUUCCUCAGUCAUUGAGGAUGACCCAAAAGACAUGAGCUUCAGCCUCAGUCAACAGUCAAGUUCAAGUGAAACCUCCAGUUCAAGUGCCUCAGAAGAGCAAGGGGAGUGGGAUGAAAGAAAAUGGAUUGUGAACGAGUCUAGCAUCAUGCAACUGUUUAGAACAUGCCAUAUAUGUGCCGCACAAAUCACUGAUAAAAAAGUGACAACUACAGGCAGCCAACUAAAGAUUGAAUGGACAUGUUUGAAUAAUCAUCAUGGCAAGUGGGCAUCAUGUCCUGAUGCAAGAGGAAUGGCACAGAAUAACUUGCUUGUUUCUGCUGCUACGCUUUUCUCUGGAACAACUUUCACUGAAGUACACGAGUGGGCCAGCAUCCUAAACUUGCAACUCUUGAAGAAAUCGCAGUACUACUCCAUCCAAUCCGACUACCUUAUUCCAGUAGUACACUUUGCAUACAAGGAUCAUCAUGAGAAUCUCAUUAGGCGACUUAUUAGACAAAAGGCUGAAGGCGAGUCCAUAGAGCUGUGUGGAGAUGCCAGGUCUGACUCACCAGGCUACAGCUGCAAGUAUUCCACCUAUUCGUUUCAGCUUCUAUCCAGUAAUGAGAUCAUUCACUUUCAACUACUACAGGUAACGGAAGCUAGCAGUUCAGUUGCCAUGGAGUCCCAAGGCUGUAGGAGGGGCCUCAACCAUCUCAUUUUCAAUGAAGGAGUAGAUAUAGACCUCAUCACUACAGACCGGGCCACAUCAGUUCGGAAAAUAAUGAGGGAGGAAUUCCAGAAUGUUCACCAUGAAUUUGAUCCUUGGCAUGUAUCAAAAGGCAUAAAGAAAAAACUGGUAGCACUCGCCAACAAAAAGGAAAAUCAGGUCCUGCAGGGCUGGAUUCGGGCGAUCCUCAAUCACUUUUGGUUCUCAUGCUCAUCUUGUGGUGAGAGUGCUGAGGAACUGAAGCGACGGUGGACCUCAGUCCUCCACCACAUCUGUGGGGAGCACACAUGGGAGCAAGAUGGAAGAAAGUGGGCAUGCCCUCACCCUGCUCUCAACCCAGAUCAGCAAAGGACAAAGCGAUGGCUCCAGCCAGAGUCUCAAGUGUUCAAGUCUUUACGGAAUAUUGUUGAAGAUAAAAGACUUCUGAAAGACCUUGAGCAGAUGACUCGCUUCAAACAUACAGGAUCUUUGGAAGUGUACCACAACGUUAUGCUAAAAUAUCUGCCGAAACGACUGCAUUUUCGGUACGACACCAUGGUAGCCCGAACACAACUAGCCAUCCUGGACAACAAUUACAAUGUCGGCCGACAGCAGACAGAGACUUCAGAAGGACUUCCAAGAUACAGUAUGGUGUUCCCAAAACAGAGCAAGGAAUGGGUAGCCAAGAAGAUCUAUGAGCCUACUAGUCAGUACUUCACACAACACCUUGUGAAACUCGUGUUGGAGAGAAGGGAGGAAAGAACACCGGAAGACAUUCCACAUGUCCAGCGGCCUGCAAACAUUGCCACUAAGGAGAGACCCCCCAAGGAAGAUUUAAUCAGGAAACAUCAAUCCAGAUUCCCUCGCCACACUGAUGUUUGAAAAACCAAGGAUCCAGAUUGUAAAUUUGUUUAUAUGUCAGAAUCAGAAUCACUUUUAUUACCCCUUAUUGUACAGUAGGCUACACAAGAGCAAAAGUAUUAGGCUUGGUUCCUCAGCAUAAAGAGUGAAGUGUAGGGUGUUCAAGUGGUAGUGUUGUAAAUGUGUUUGUAAAUACAGUCGGCCUAUGUCUACCUUUACCCAUUAGGAAAACAUGUUUAGGCCUACAGACACUAGUGCACUUUCUAAAUAAAACUGCAACGAUUUUUGAACAAAAGUUUUUUUAUUGAGAAGAAAUUAAAAAGUAAACGCAAUGCAGUUAGGUAGGAACAGAAGGUAGGAACAGAAGGGUAAGAUAUACAUUGGAAUAAGAAUAAAAAUAAUGAAUUCAGAAUAAUUCCUCUAUCUCACUGGGUUUAAACCCAGCAUACUGUCCAGUGGGGGAUGGGAACGCAUUCCUAACAGCCCACACCACGCAACUGGGUAAUGCAAGGCGAUUUCCUCGUCCCAGUGGUUGACCUUUGAGGGCCCACUCCAGAAUGACUCGAUAAGCCACAAGUCGGUAUUGACUGAGGGUAACAAAACAUGGAUAGAGCAAAGACUGGGUCAGUAACUACUAGUAAUGAGACGGUGGCACCGUUUUCAAAAACAUUAUAGUCGAGAUACAUGCGAAUUAUACAAAUUGGCAUCUGAAUAUGAAAUACAUUACAUCAAUGUAGCUUACCUAUCUGACAGUUGGCCAUUCGGUCCUUCGGGUGUGGGGCGUUUCUUCCAGUUAAUUUUAGGGACCCAGAAGAAAGUCUCCAGCACGGUUUUAUUUAGGAGAUGGCGCACUUCAUUUAGAGAGAUGCAGGGCGACACAGUCUCGUCGACCGAGACAUUGAGGUUGGCCAUACCAGCUGUGACGACAAGGUCCCACUCCGUGCAGCACCUACUUUCGUGCUCCGUCGGCAUCUGCCUGCACUUCCCACAGGCACACCACCAAUUUCCCGCGAUCCUGGGGACCGCUUCAGCCGGAGCUUCAGGCGCCUCCGUAGCCCUGGCCUCCAUCUCCCGUAGCUCCUCUUGGGUGUAUUCUGGUUCAUACAGAUAUCCUCUGCCGUCAAACUCAAAAUCGAGUGCGUCCUCCAGAAGCCACCUUUCAUAUUCCAUUUUCAAUGAUUUUCCCUAAUCCGAGGUGCUCAAGUCACGGUACAAGAUUUCAAACCAACGUAAACAGCCCACCUUUCCGGUUCGGCGGAGUAAUAUCAACGAGCAGUAAUGAGUCUUCCAACUGAAAUCAACUGGCGAUAAAUGUGCAAUAAAACACGACAGAAACCAUAUAUUGCGCCGAUAAUUUUUUUUUAAACUUCACAAAUGCCACUAACCACUCGGUUACUUGCACAUUUUCGAAAACGAACGUUUAGGGUUGCUGGGAUGACAGGUUGGUGUAUGCACAUAGACAACCAUUGUGAAGGAGGCAGGAGCGAUUCAAAAUGAGCCAAAUACCCGAGAAAGGACUAAUAGUUAAAA